GAGGAAGCGUCAUGCCUCAACCCCUCUGUUUCCUYCUCCGAGACUCUGAAUGAGUCUGAUGGAACAUCCUGGAAGUCCCAUUAAAGAGUCGCUGUGAUGUUAGUAAACUAAAACGCUACUCAUGAGUAUUGGCAGCUCUGCACAAUGAGCUCAUCGCAUCUCUUCACUGAAGAAUGAUGAAGAAUGAUUCACUUUUUCACUCGCAACUAUAGGAAUAAAACAGAAGCUUCGCUUCAGUUCAAUUUAUUCAAAUUAAAGGUGUGCGUUAAAUGAAUCCUAUCAGUUAACCUCCAGCACAUCAUUCACAUUCAGGCCAAAAUCAAAUGGCAAGUAAMAUAUUUUGUSUUGUUGUGUAAUUUUAUUCCCUGAGCGUUUCAGUUUAUGUCACUGAAAGUGUUUUAGAUCACUGAUUAAAAUUAAUGAUUAGUCUACAUUCUUCACUUAAGUGUUUCUGCUYUAACAUCAAACAUUCACUGAGCUCCAUUAACUUCCCUGACAUGAAAACCCUACGGGCAACUUUAAAACUAACCUGCAAAUCUCAUUUUAAUUAACUAUGUAAACACGUUUAUUUAUAAUUCAAGAGGUAGAAGAAAUAAAAAGUGUUUUUUUUAGUCUGUGACAGUGGGUUCAAAAGGUUGAGUUAGCUUCAGUAAAAGUGUUGUUUUUGUGAUAUUACCCAUUUUUAGAUGACUUUUAGCAAUCAGGUAAACCUUCCAAAAAAACUCUGGCCCUAUAUGUGASAAAGUAAUUACCRUUUGAAGGAACAGAAAAACCGUCAGRCAUUUGCAAUGAGUUUUUUAACAUCGAUGUGGAAGAAUUUUGGCCAACUUUUCUGAGCAGAUUUAGUUUACUUCUGUUACAUUGGAGAGUUUUCAAGCAUGAAUAGCCUGCUUCAGGUCAUGCCRCAGCACAAGGACACUCCAAGACGUUUUUUUUUAAGCCAUUCAGAGGGUGACUUACUGAUCUUUGAUCAUUUGAAACGUUUCAAUUUGAUAAAAAGGGAAAUUUAGAACAUUUAGAAUUUAGAACAAAUGUCUUUUCAAAGUUCUUUACGACUGGGCCCUUCUGCAAGGUUUUAGACUCAUAAAUGUCCAAAGGGGGCAUCAAGGAGACAUCAUGCAAACUUCUUUCAAACACCUUAAAUUUGUAUGCAUUUAAUUUUCAAAUUGCACUGKAAGUGAAAUUUGGGUCUGUGCCCUUUUUUAUUUUUUGUUUCUUUUUGCUCUCAACCCUAAAAAUAAUGACAACUCCAAAUUUUACAAGACUUCAUUUCUUUUUUAAAUUCUUUGAACUUGAAUACUUGUGAUAAUCAGUCAUGAAGGGAAAGUGAAAGUUUAAAAAAUACCACAUUUUUAAGAGUAAAUUUACAACUGUGUCAUUAAAGACAUAUUUCUUGAUUUUCAUCUAUUCUUUUUUUGUCAUUUAUCACGGGUCACAUUAUUUUUUUCUCCAUUAUAUUUUUUCGCUUAUUAUUUCAUUAUUUCUUCUAAAUAAUKUUGUCUGCAACUUAUUGUCAAUACUUCCAAAUAGCUGUAAACGUAUUCGUGCCUCACGAAGUUUGGAACUAUUAAUUUCCCUAAUAUUUGUGCAGAGACGCAAUCUGUCCACAAGAGGGCAGCCUUACCUCAUUGAUUAAUUCAGGCUGGAGCCGCAGAUUUCUCAUGGUUUUCUUCAAAGCAAAACCUGCUCAUUGUAGACAACUUCUUUGAGUAAAGUGACUAAUUAACAUUAAUUUUAGUUGGUAUAUUAUUAUGUCUGUCUUCUCAAUAUUAUUUUAGACAAAUUUGUACUUUCUAAGCACUUUUUUUAAAUAUAUAAAACUAAUWUCCUGUUUGUUUGAGCAGUGUCUGACUGAACCUGACUUUUUCAUUCGCCCCAACUGUUCAGACAUCUUCAGUUUUCGAACAUCUGAAGAUGGGAGCCUCUCUCUCUGCGGCAUACGGCUUAUCAAAGCUAAAUCCACUCGGGUCUGUGGUCUGGGUGCAGUGCGUAAUGAGCUGUGCGCCUCCAGGAGCCGCGCAUCGACGCUGCCGUGCGCAAAUCAAACCAACUGAACCAAAAUAGUGAGAGAAACAUGAAUCUGUCCUCCACGAACUCCUCUGCGUGGAAAGCGGAGUCCGUGCUGAUUUCCGUGGGAUUUUCUCUCAUCUUUCUGCUCGGCAUCGCGGGGAACUCUCUGGUCCUUGCAGUUCUUUGCCGCAACGGACAGAUGAGCACCAAGACCACCAACAUGUUCAUCUUCAGUCUCGGGGUGGCCGACCUCUGCUUCAUUGUUUUCUGCGUGCCGUUCCAAGCGACCAUCUACACCCUGGAUCAGUGGGUCUUCGGUCCGGUGGUUUGCAGAGCCGUGCACUUCAUCAUCUUCCUGACCAUGYACGCCAGCAUCUUCACACUGACCGCCGUUUCCCUGGACAGGUAUUUAGCCAUAUGUUACCCACUUCGCUCCCGGCAGAUGAGGACUCCAAAGAACGCCCUCAUCUCCAUCUGCCUGGUUUGGUCUUUGGCUUUGGUUUUCUCCACACCAUACCUUAGCUACUUCUCUCAGAUGGACCUUGAUGGCACCUUGCUAUGUAUUCCUGCCUGGGAGCCCAGACCUCGCUUCAUAAUGGACCUGUGGACCUUCAUCUUUGGAUACCUCAUCCCCGUCCUGGUGCUCAGCCUCACAUACGCUCGCACCAUCCGCUACCUGUGGACCAGCGUAGAUCCUGUCAAGGACAAGUCAGAGUCAAGGCGUUCCAAGCGGAAAGUCACCAAAAUGAUCCUGAUUGUGGCUGCUCUGUUCUGUCUCUGCUGGCUCCCUCAUCACCUCAUCGUCCUCUGCAUGUGGUUCGGACAAUUCCCGCUCAACCACACAACGUACGCCCUGCGCAUCCUCUCCCAUUUGGUAGCCUACGCCAACUCUUGCCUCAAUCCCAUCGUCUACGCGCUCGUCUCCAAGCACUUCCGCAAGGGUUUCCAGAAGGUUUUCAGCUGCUCGAGGAAGAGGAGGGAGGAGAACAGGGUGCACGUCAUCCAGGCAGUGAACACAGUCAGCAACAUCGAGACGAGACCYUCAGAGGAAGAAGCAGCUUCCACUGCAACCUGACAGAAGAGAAAYUCUGAGAAACAUCUCUUAAAAAAUGACAAAUUCUGUAAAUAUUACUGAUGUUGCUGCUAUUAAUAAUUAAUAAUUGGUUAAAAAAAAAGUGAAAAAGCAACUUUGAAGGAAGAUGCGGACAGUUUUUAUUUAUUACUGUUGUUGAAAUUAUUCUCUGUGUUGGCGUAGCCUUAGGUGUUGAUCCAUCAUAGAAGAUGGUUAAUGAAUUUACUGACUGCCUGGGAUUUAUUGUCCUGAGUGCUGUUCAGAGUUUGAGUUCAACAUUGAAACAAAAACAGAUCACAGGAACAUAGAGUCAAUUUGGUGCCAUUAUCUUUCAGAGUUUCAAAAUCUGAACAAAAGACUAAAACGUCGUUCCUACCCAAAUGUAAUUUUAUCCAUUUGACAUGUACCAGCCUCACGCAGGUGUAGAUUCUCAGUCACACAGGGCAUGACAGUCCUAAGUACGUAAGAAAGUAAUUGGACUUCUUUCUCGCCUCUGUUUAAUCUCUCAUCCUUGUUCAGAACUGAUGAAGUCUUUAGUUUCUGUUGUGAUUUUUUUUUUUCUUUUGGUUCUACACACACUGGCUGUGUCUAUUUUCUAAACAGCAUGGCGGAAAAUUACCAUGCUGAUAUUCUUGUGCAUAAAUCUUUGAAAAGACAAAUGUGGCACAUUCAGGUACCUGGGGACUUGUACCUAAAGACAGUCCAGUCUUUUAGUGUGUGUAAAAUAUCUGGUUUCAACUUAUAUAUAACAGGGUCCAUAAGAUGUAGAGGAUUUGUGAAUGAGAUGCCCAUAUGUUUCCAUGUAUUGCUCCAACCUUGCRAAAUGUUAGGGACACUACUGGUAAAAGAGGCUGCGCAAAGUAUUAACAACAGAUGUGUUGACAAAAUUAAAUGUUUGAUUUUUCAAAACUUUUCAGUAAAAAAUUAAAGUCUUUUUACACAUAUUUAAAAAUAAUACAUGUUAUCAAGUUCUGAACCCRAUAACUAUGACAUACAGUUAUAAUACGGUCCCAUUUUCAGACCUCUGCGGUGCAUAACCAGGGGAGUCGCCCCCUGCUGCCCGGCGGAGUGCAGAUCUAAUACUAAUUUACUCUGACACUUUUCUGAGAGCCUAAAAUAUCUGGAACAUACUGCGGUCAAAAGAAAAAACGGUGAUUACUGUGAAACAUCUCACUGUGACUUAAAUAUAGAAAACAAAUUACAUCUCUCUAAGCAUAUUAUGCAUCAUCAAAGUGGGGGAAUAAAACUCAUAUUAGUACACACACACACACACACACACACACACACACACACACACACACACACACACACACCCACACACACACACACACACACACACACACACACACAGACAGACACUCAGUGUUUCCUUCACCUGCACUUGGGCUUUAAAUAUUUUUAAUCUAGGCAUUCACGCUGAGCCUCUCCGUGAGUCGUGUGUUCAACUGGUCAACGCUACAAACAGGAUACUCUGAUGGUUGUGAGUAACUGAUCUGUAAAAAUAAACWUGCAAUAAUUCUCUGGUUGUGGUCAAACAUCCUGACAUCCACUGCUGAUCCAUUCUUAUGAAAAUCAAAGCAGUUCUAAGCAUAAAUAUUGCCUGUAUGGACCAGCUUUCACUACUGACUGACCAAUAAACUACGUAUUGCAUUUCA